AUGCCUUAUUAACAUACGAAAAAAGAAAAUAAUAAAGAAAAUAUUCACUAUUAGGAGGUUUGGUUUAUUUCAGAAUUUUUUACUUAAGUGAAAGUAGAGAGUUGGUUUAGGAGAUUUAGUCUCAAGUUAAUAGAAAAAUUAACAAUUUUGAAUAUAUUUUCAUAUAUAUAAACGGUUUUUUUUACUUUCCUUUUUAUUUCUGUGAUCCUAAUCCCAAUACUCAUAAAAAUUGGAAUCUGGGAAAAGUUUAGGAUAAUGUAAUGUAAAAUAAUAGAAAUCUGCCAGCAUUUGUAUUUUAUUUGGAUUCAUUUGAAUCACACAAUGCUUUAUUUCAGAAUCUUAGGAGUUUUAAUUUAUAGAAUUAAUGAUGAUUGGGGGGUAAACAUAUUAAACUAUAAAAGUCUUGGCUGUAUUUAUCAUUUUUUAAAUAAAUAUAUGUGUAAACUUGUAAGAAUUUAAAUAUCAAUUGUAAGAUUUGUUUGUAGGGCAGCUAUUAGUUAUUGGUAUUUGCUGGAUGUUUUUAAAAUAAAUAACAUUUUUUAGUUUUCACCUUCUCCUGCCGAUUUUGUGUACUGAAUGUGCUGAAGCAAAUCUAAAAAGGACGAGUAAAAAAUUUAUUUUUAAAUUAGUUAAAUUGUAAAAUGAUCCUGUAUGA